CACUUUUUAUCUCUAAUAAUACCUAAUAUUACCAAAAAAUCCCAACAUUAAUAAUAUUUUCAAAUUAAUGCUAAGCUUUUCCCUCCUACCGAAAAUACCCUUCCCAUUCAAUCUCAGCCUUGUCUCUCUCAGUCUCGGUUUCUCUCUUUUUCAGUCUCACAAUAAUCCCCCAAAAACCAUCGAACCCCCACCUCCGUCGAGCCGCCAUCUCCGUCGAGCCGUCGAGCCCGCAUCUCCGUCGAGCCGUCGAGCCCGCAUCUCCGUCGAGCUCCCACCUUCUCCGUCGAGCCCCCACCUUCUCCCAUUUCUCCGGCGAUCUCGAGCCCACUGCCAACUCCCACUUUUCUGUCAAACCCGAGACCCACGGAGCAUAUUUCCUUCAAAGUUUAAAAAACUAAGAUGCCUAAGUUGCUUGUUCCGUUCAGUGAUCACUUUCCUGGUCGAGUGACAUAUCGGGGUAGUAGUACUUUAAAUCACAUUAAGACCGGGUUUUUGGAGCUUGGGCUGCUUGAAAGGGCUAAGGAAUCCCCUUUCAAGCAAUUCUUUUUGGCUUUGGAGUUUAAUUUCUCCGGAGUCUUGGUGCAUCAACUGUUGCUGAGGAAAAUCGCCAGCAACAACGAAGAUGAGGUGCAUUUUUUCUUGGGGUCGAAGUCUUGUAGAUUCGGCAUGGGAGAAUUUGCCCUGGUGAUGGGGUUGGAUUUCAGUGCCUUCCCGUCACCAGAAGAGUUGGAAGGGCGUAAUCUCAGCGAUCGGUUGAUAAAGGAGUAUUUCAACGAUGCUGAGAAAGUAAAGCUGUCACAGGUGGACCAUGCUUUCAAGACUUGUACGGUUGUGGAAGAUGUGUACAAGCUUGGUGUAUGUCUGUUUGUUGAGGGGGUUCUGAAUGCCAUUGAGGGCAAACUGCACAUUUGGCGAGAUAUUCUAAAAAUUGUUGAGAAUGUAGAGUACUUCUUCAGCUAUCCAUGGGGGAACUACUCUUAUAGGAGGCUAUUGCAUUCUUGUAAGAAGGACAUGGUGAAGCAAAAGGCCAAUUAUGAUGCCAAGAAGGAUGCCAAGGUGCAGCAAGAGUCCAAAUACAGUAUGUAUGGUUAUGCCCCCGCCUUACAGUACUGGGCAUAUGAGGCUAUCCAACAGCUUGCGGUGGAGCUUGUUGUGAGCUCGGGAAACAUGUUCCCGAGGAUGCUUAGCUGGUCGCAUCGGAGGAACAAGGAUUUCACCAAGUCCGUCAUCGCACCGAUAUUAUUGAAGAAGAAUUUAAUUGUUCUUCCGAUGUUGAAGCCUCGGCCAGCAGAAAAAGACUAUUACUUGUCUUUGACUGAGGGAGAUCUUCCCCUUUAUCCUGGGCUUGGCCAGGAUCCCUCGGAGACUGAUGAGGAGGAUGAUGCGACUUUUGAGAAAAUGGCAGAGAAAGUUUCUCAGGCUGCCGAGGCAGCCAAGAUAUUUGUUGAUGCUGCCCCGGGGGAGGAGGUUGCAGGUCCCACCCCUCCUAUUGCCCCAGCCUCAGCCCCAGCCUCAACCUGUGCCCCAACAUCAGCCCCAACCUCAGCCCCAGCAUCAACCUGUGCCCCAACAUCAGCCCCAGCCUCAGUGUCAGCCCCAACACCAACCCCAACACCAGCCUCAGCCUCAGCCUCAGCCCCUGAGCUGGCCGACUUGAUUGAGCGGUUGGACAGAGUCGAGGGUCGACAGGAGACCCUCUUGAAGAACCAGUCAGUGAUCUUGGACGUACUCAGUCAGAUCCUGACAUUUGUUAAGGAGAAACUGAGGGGGUCCAAUGAAGAUUCAGAGUCAGAGUCAUUGGAUAUUCCGCUAGACUAUGUUGAUGAUCCAACGACGCCCCCUACCAUCAUUGUGACACCAGAUGCUGAGACUCCGGGAGUCGUUAUUGUCAACCCUGAGGAUAUUGCUGGGGUUCAGUUUCAGAGGGCUAGACGCCAAAGACGCAAGCCAAAUUGGUUUGAGGACUAUACGGAUCCCACGAGGAAAAGACCUCGCACUGCUGCAGCUGCACCAGCAGACGAGGCUACACAAGAGGCUACACAUGUGCUGGACCCUCUCAAGAAGCCAGAUCCCAAUCAGUAUAGGACAAUGUGCAAGUGGCUUCUUGGAGACAUGCCCAACAAGACCCCGCGGGAUGUAAAGACUGGGAGUCACGGUCCAGCAUGGUUUCUGACUUUUUCAUCUAAAUGCUGCUCCGCAAUUUUUAACAUAACUUCAUCCCAAGCUUUAUCUCAAGGCCAAACUCUGGUCUCCUUCAACCAAGUUUUCGAGUUAGGCUUCUUUAGUCCCAAUAACUCUGCAAAUAAGUACGUGGGAAUCUGGUAUAAGCAAAUCUUACCCCUUACAGUUGUGUGGGUGGCAAACAGAGACAACCCUCUCACAGUUGCAGACUCACCACCAAGUCUAACCAUUGGCAGCAAUGGAAAUCUUGAGCUCUUGGAUAGAAACAACAACUCUGUUUGGUCAACCAAUGUCGAAAUCCAAUCCAAUAAUAGUUCAGUGGCAAUUCUUUCAGAUUACGGAAACUUAAUUCUCAAAUAUGGUACACAGUACUUAUGGGAGAGCUUUAAGCAUUCUGGGGACACAUUCUUACCAGGAGCAGAGUUGGGUUUUAAUGUCAAAACUGGGGAGAGUUUUGUCUUGACUUCAUGGAAAAGCAAUAGUGACCCUUCAGUUGGAAAAUUCACUGCUGGGAUUUCGAAAGUGAAACCACCACAAGCUGUCAUUUGGAUCAACGGAUCAACGCCACUGUGGAGAAGUGGACCAUGGGCUAAAACUAAGUUCACGGGUAUACCAGAUAUGGAUACAAGUUAUGGAAGUUAUUUCAAUAUCGUAGAAGAUACAGAAGAAGGAACGAUACUUCUCCAAAAUAAUUGGGACUACAACAACUCCGAUAUGAUAGUGGAAAAUCUCUUCAUCACAUCUAGAGGUGUUCUAACCGUUGCGUUAAAAAAAACACAUGAAGGCGGCGACUGGAAUACGAAGUGGAAGGCACCAGCGACUCGGUGCGAUAUCUAUGGAACUUGUGGACCUUUUGGGGUAUGCAACGACUCGGAGUCUCCCAUUUGUAAGUGUUUGAAAGGUUUUGAACCAAAAUCAUUUGGAGAGUGGAGCAAAGGGAACUGGACUGGAGGGUGCAUGAGACGAAACCAACUAAGUUGUGACAAAAAUACCACUGGUUUAGCUUCACGGAGAGGUAAAAGCGAUGGAUUUUUGAAGAUAGGUGGUGUGAAACUUCCCGAUUUAUAUGAAUAUAUUGAACCUAUGGAGAGCUGCCAAGGAUGGUGCCUGAACAAUUGUUCUUGCAUAGCUUAUGCAAACAUAGAAGGAAUAGGGUGUUUGGUCUGGUCCAAAGGCCUCAUUGACAUCAAGGGGUUUCCCUAUGAUGCAGAAAACCUUUUCCUACGCCUCCCUCACGCGGAACUAGGUGAGAGAGAACAAAGGUUGAAGAUUAUCAUCAGCCUUGCAACUCUUUCUACGGUUGGGACAAUAGUUGCCAUAGUAUUAUAUUUGUGGCGACGGAGAGAAAGAAGAAAAGGAAAUACUAUGGCGACCACAGAGCGCAUUGACAUGAUGCAGUCAAGUGACAAUUCAAAAGAUGAUCCCUCCGAGCUUCCUAGUUUUGAUUUUGGCACCAUUUUACAUGUGACAAACAACUUCAGUUCAACAAACAAACUUGGGCAAGGAGGAUUUGGUUCUGUUUAUAAGGGAAAAUUGCCGGAUGGGAGGGAAAUAGCAGUUAAAAGACUCUCUAGUAGCUCAGGGCAAGGCACAGAAGAAUUCAAGAAUGAGUUGAUAUUGAUCUCAAAACUCCAACACAGAAAUCUUGUUAGGCUCUUAGGUUGCUGCAUUGAGAAAGAAGAGAAAUUACUAGUUUAUGAGUUCAUGCAAAAUAAAAGCCUGGACAAUUUCAUCUUUGAUCCAAGAGGAAGAGAACAGCUGAAUUGGGGUACUCGGGUGAACAUCAUACUAGGAGUUGCUAGAGGUCUUUUAUAUCUCCAUCGUGACUCGUCUUUAAGAGUGAUACACAGAGAUUUAAAGGCCAGCAACAUUCUUUUAGAUGAGAAGAUGAACCCAAAGAUAUCAGACUUUGGAUUGGCUCGCAUUUUCGAAGGAACACUAGAUCUCGCAAAUACUCAAAGGGUUGUUGGAACUUUAGGCUACAUGUCUCCAGAAUAUGCCAUGGGUGGAGUCUUUUCAGAAAAAUCAGAUGCCUUUAGCUUUGGCGUAUUGAUCUUGGAGAUAGUUAGCGGCAAGAAGAACUCUAACUUCCAUUAUUAUGAGAAACCUCUUAGCCUUAUUGCUCAUGCAUGGCAAUUAUGGAGUGAUAACAGAGGACUAGACUUUGUGGAUGAUGCAUUGGGUGGCUCAUGUAGUGCAACAGAAGCAAUAAGAUGCGUACAUGUUGGGCUGUUGUGCGUACAAGAUCUUACCACAGACAGACCAAGCAUGGCAGAUGUAGUUUUCAUGCUCAGCAAUGAAACAAAUCGUCCUCAGCCCAUUCAACCUAUCUUUACUCUUCAAAGCUCUCCGUUAUCGCAAAAGGCUGCUACUACAUGCUCUGUGAAUGAAGCCACAAUCUCAAUGAUUGAAGGGCGGUAAAAAAAAAGGUUAGAAAAUAAGAGAAAGAAGAUUAGAAAAUAAGAGAAAAAGGAGAACGGUGAAGAAAUCUCAGUACUUUAGGUACACAUAUCAAUUAAAAAAAAUAAUGAUAUAAUGUUGAUUAAACGAGUGUGACAAAUAAAAUAGGGUGUGACAAAAUGUCAUUUUGUCAAUUUGUAACAUAUAAAGGAAGGUUACAAAUCGGUUACUGAUUUGUAACUCCCAAAAU